AUGUCUUCUUCAAACCAUCAAAAGUUUUUAUUGCACGAUUGGUCAAGUAUUGAACAUGCCUAUUUUGAAUUGAACAAGGCAUUGAAUUUAAAAAUUCAACAACUAGAACAAUAUGAACUACGUUUACAGGAAAGAGAACGAGAGCUGAAUCGAAGAGAAUUGUUACUUAUUGAAAAAUAUGGUUCCGAUUCGGUGGCGGCGACUGUUUCCAGUAAUCAUCAUCAGGAUGGCCAUACUUCACGUCAUGAAAAUAAUGAUUUAGUUUUAACACAGAGUUCUAAUCAGAAAUUGAAUGAACAUGACGAAAAUAAUAUUUUCACAGUCACUCAAUUUGAUAUUAAUUUUACAAGCAACAAGAUGAAAAUAUUUAAUUCAAGUGGUGUGAUUAAACACUAUGUUGAUGACCAAUCCUGUGCAUGUAUGGGAAUAGUUGAAGGGAAUUAUGACAAUUAUGAUGUCAUUAGGUUUAAAGUAAAAUUAGGAAAUAACUGUGAAGGACUAUUUCUUGGAUUUGCUUCUCAAGAUGAUUUCUAUUUAUCUGGAAAGAAUUAUUUCACUUGUGCAUGGAUGAUACAAAUCAUUUUGAGAGAUCAAAAGAUUCAUUUAGUGAAAUUCAGUCCACAACAAGAAUUCGAAGGAGGAGAAGAGAUGACAAAUGAAAGCAAAUUUUUAGAGCCUGUUCAAACCUUGUUUGGAAUGGGUAUUGAAAUGCGCUAUCAUGUGAAGAAAGGAAUGAUUGAAUUGGGUUUAAAUGAAGGGGAGUUAUUUAACGUUUUUAAUGGUUUGGAGAAGAAUAUUCAACUGUUUCCAGCAUUUGAGACAAGAUUGACCAAUUGUCAAUUCGAAUUUGAUUCAUCGAGAUAA